UAUUCCGAGAUUAUACUCACUAUAAAUCGCAAAUUUGCCACUUUAUAAUCUCGCAAAUUUACGAGGAAAAAAAAAAAUUGUGCUUUUUAACCACAUCCCUUCACUUUGCAACUUGGAUCACACCGCCACCGCUUCCACUUGCAAUGGAUGACCUAAUCAAGUUAUACUUUGCAAUCGGAUUUAGCAAUAAGGAAAUACUCUUGAUCUUAGCCCAGAAUCACCAUAUUAUCAUAAGCAUCCGGACUUUGAAGAGACAUUGCCGUAAACUGGGUCUAUUCAGAAGAAAACAACAUACUGAUUUGGAUGAGGUGAUCGCUUUUGUGCAUCAGGAACUACAACACAAUGGACAGAUGCAAGGAUAUCGCUGGUUACAUCUACGGGCAAUUCAAAUGGGAUUUGUGGUACAGCAGGACACAAUACGACAGAUCAUCCAAUUAAUUGAUCCUCAAGGUGUGGAUCUUAGAAGAGCGCAGCGUCUUAGGCGCAGGCAGUACAACACUAAAGGGCCUAAUGCUCUUUGGCACAUGGACUCCUAUGACAAAUUGAAGCCAUAUGGUAUAGGGAUUAACGGAUGCAUAGAUGGUUUCAGUCGUUUUGUUGUUUGGAUGGAAGCAACAAACAACGACCCCAAGGUUAUAGCUGACUAUUACAUGAAAUGCGUAACGCGCUUGGGUGGGUGUCCAGAGAGGAUUCGUGCGGACAAUGGCACUGAAAAUGGACAUGUCGCUAACAUGCAGGUGUUUCUGAGGAGAAACCACACCGACACCUUCGCCAAAGAGAAUAGUUGUAUUUAUGGACGCAGUACGGGCAAUCAACGUAUUGAAUCCUGGUGGGGAAUACUGCGCAAACAAAGCGUUCAGUUCUGGAUGAACAUGUUCAAAGCUCACCAAGACAAUGGCCACUUCUCUGGAGACUUUUUGGAUAAAAGCCUAAUCCAGUUCUGUUUCCUCAACCUCGUUCAGAAAGAAGUGGAUGAAGUGGUGCGAACAUGGAACACCCACAAGAUCAGACCCAGGCCAGGUCAAUAUGUGCAUGGAGGUCGUCCAGUCAUCAUGUACACAGUCCCACAGGUGUACGGUGCUGAGGACAAGCUCAAAACAGUGGACCUUGAGGAGGUGGUUGUGUGCAAGGACGAGUGCACACCCAAGAGUCGGCUCCCUUGUGAUGAGACUGUUUUCGAGCUCUGUGUACUACUAAUGCAGGAGAAUGGAUGGGAUGCUCCUACAGAUGCAUUUGAUGCUGCAGAACUAUACACCUCACUUAGAACAGUGAUACUGCAAAAUAUUUAAAGAUGGAUGUUACGGUCAGGGUUUGUUUGGGUGUGUCCUGUUGUUUUGUCUGUUGUCCCUCUCCCAGGUCCCUGAUUCAUGCCAGCUGUUGGACCUUGCCAAUCAGCCCACAACCAAUCAGAGGGUGUUCCACCAUCCUCAAGAGCCCAGCUGUUCACACCACACCUCAGUUAUUUUCACCUUUCUGUUUUUGCAAGAGAGCAUGCUGAAAUUGUUUGCUCUUCAGACCUGCUUUUUGUUUGCUCUUUGUAUAGUUUUUGUUAUGGGUAAAGUUAGCAGGAGAAAAGGGGUAUAGGUAAGAGCUGCCCAUGGGCGUACAUACUUACACGUAGGGGUUUUCCUUGUCAACACACACUAGGUAAAUUGGGGACAUGCCAUCACUGUAGUUUUUGGCUAGUUUAGCUAGUAGCCGGUCAUUACGGCUAUGGUCUAGAUUUUGGUAGAUUAAGUUAGGGAAUGUUUAUAAUUGUUUAUUUGCUUUGGCACUGUUCUCCCCCUUUUCUCCUUAGUCUGGUAACUUUGUAGCCAAAUAAACACCCAUCAUUUUA